CAAGGGCGGGGCUUGGAGUUAGUAACUGUCAGUGAAGUCGCAGUUGGCUGCCUGGGACAAUCGGGGACGUCUCCCAGAUCAACCAGCUUUUUCGGAUUUCUGCCCUUCGGCCCCUGCUCCUCCUCCAUUAAGCGUUUUAUAUCAACUCUUUUGGAACUGCUCACUGGCGGGCGUUCUUUUUGCCUUAAAGAAGCACUGAGAACAGUCAAGCCCCGGAGUUUUGCACAAUGAAGCAAUGAAUCUGCCCAGGUGUGUGGAGCGGAUCCUGAACCCCAACGGCUCCUUCUGCGCGAGGAGGCAUUAGAAAGGCAAAAGGCCACCCAUAUUCGCAGUCAGUAGUCAAGAAAGCCUAGCUUGUCAGUGUCUCGGAUGAGAUAAAAGAAAACUCUAAGCAGAUAUCAUCAUGAUCUAUUCAUUUCUGUCUGGAUAAAACAACGAGAGAGAUCAGAAUAUUCUUCUUCCAUUGUCCAUCCCAUUUGGAACAGCUAUCAGUACCUGCUUCCAAAGUCUCAGAGAAGCUGAGGGCAAAUCCUCAGUUGCCCGCCCCCAGAAAGACACAGGAUCAGAUUCGGACAGACCGUGAGAAACAGCAGGAUGAGCUACGAUAAUGACACCUUUAAUUUGAUCUUUCAACGUGAAGUGUCUAACACAUGGCUGGGCUUUAUCAGGAAUGUGUUUUUGAGUUUUCCUGAUGAUCUCCCUGAAAUCAUCCUAAUAUUGUCUUUGAUCUACAGCAUUGGAGCAUAUUUGAACCGGCUCUUAAAAGACUUUCCAGUUCCUCUCCCUGUGAUAUUAUUCUUACUUGGAAGCAGUUUUGAAAUACUAAGUUUUACAUCUUAUGAGGUCCAAAAAUACUCAGAUGCCAUACAAUGGAUGAAUCCAGACUUAUUUUGGAGUAUAUUUAUACCAGUAAUUAUAUUUUAUGCUGCAUUUGACAUGGAUGUGUACAUGCUCCAAAAGUUACUGUGGCAAAUACUUUUGACUUCAGUUCCUGGAUUUUUGGUUAAUUAUAUCUUAAUUCUUUGGUAUCUGGCAUCUGUCAAUAAAUUUCAAUUACAACUUGUCCCGCGGUUAUUAUUUUCAGCUAUUCUUGUGAGUUCAGAUCCCAUGCUGACUUCAGCUGCUAUCAAAGAUCUUGGUCUUUCUAGAAGCCUCAUCAAUUUAAUUAAUGGAGAAAGUCUGAUGACCUCAGUUAUGUCACUGAUUUUAUAUGACAGUGUGAUGGAUAUUUACUCUAGAAGACAAAGUAAGAUGAGUCAAAGCAUAGCUCAGGAUGUCAUGUAUAAAAUUUGGACAUCUUUCAUAGCAAGUUUCUUCUUUGGAUUUCUAAACUCCAAACUGAUCCAACUGUGGAUGUCAACUGUUUUUGGUGAUGAUAUCAGUCAUAUAAAUCUCGUCUUUUCGGUCCCGUACAUUGUCUUUUAUAUUUGUAAACUGGUUGGGAUAUCUGGAGAAUUUACCCUGGUCAUAAUGGGACUUUUUUUAACUUCUACAAGUUUUAAACCAGGAGUUGAAGCCUUUCUUCUCAAAUUCUGGAAUCUUCUGUCAUUUGUGGCUUUUCUCAUGGUGUUUACUUUCAUUGGUCUUCUAAUUCCUACACAAACAUAUUUAUAUGUAACAUUUUCUGAUCUGUAUUAUUCAUUAAAUAUGUACUUCAUGCUGAUUGUUUUAAGACUUCUGGUCUUUCUAUUAAUGAGUCCUGUUUUGUCUCGACUUGGUGAUGGUUUCAGCUGGCGCUGGGCGUUCAUUAUGGUCUGGAGUGAAAUGAAAGGGACGCCCAAUAUAAACAUGGCCCUUCUGCUCGCCUACUCGGAACUGUCUGUCGUAUCGGAGAGGGAAAAGUCUCAAAUAUUAUUUCAUGGAGUGUCAAUAUGCUUAAUUACACUUAUUAUCAAUAAAUUUAUUUUGCCAAUGGCAGUUAUUAAACUAGGUCUUCAUGAUGUCACCUCAACAAAAUAUAAAUCACUGUAUUAUACAUUCCGACACUUUCAAGAAUUAAUCAAAGCUAGAGUCUCCACAUUCAAACUUAACAAAGAUCUUGCUAAUUCUAGUUGGAAAAUGGCUGAGAAAGUAGUCACACUUCGAAACCCAUAUGCGUCGAGCCAAGAAGACACAACAGAACAUCAGAAAGUGACAUGUCCGGACUGUAACAAGGAAAUAGAUGAGACCCUUAAUAUCGAAGCAAUGGAGUUGGCCAAUAGGCGUCUCUUCUUGGCACAAAUAGCGAGCUACCAGAGACAAUACAAAUGUGAGACUCUAUCUCAGAGUGCAACCCAGGUGUUGGUAGGUGCGGCAGGAAGCUUUGGUGAAAAGAAGGGAGAGCAUUUGAGUCCUGAGUCAAUAGAAGAUUAUUCUGAAAAUAGAAAAUUGUUUACCUUUAUCAGAAAGCUACUGCUCAACUGGGUGUACAGUACUAAUAAAGAUAAAGGAGUCCCAUCGAGUUAUUUCUUACUUCAUGUAUGCCAUAAACUGGUGUUUUCUGAAGAAUUUGAGUAUAGCGGAUACCUUGUGAUUCUAAUGAAUUUAUUUCCUAUUACGAUCUCUUGGAUAACCCGGUUAAGUGACAUCUACAACCAAGAAUUAAGAUAUGCUAAUUACUCUUUUCUUACAUUUUAUAUUCUAGAGGCUCUACUUAAGAUAGUAGCAAUGAACAAGGACUAUUUUUCACAUACCUGGAAUGUAUUUGAGUUAGUCAUUACAUUCAUUGGCAUCAUAGAUGUAAUAUUUAUUGAGGCAACCGCCAUUAGUGAUCAUUUUGAUAUCACUCAAACAGUGAUCUUUUUAAAAACUGUCCGAGUUCUUCGUGUACUACGCCUUUUGAAGCUUGUAAUACCUAAGUUGCUGCAAGUAGUUGAUAGAAAGAUGGGUCAUCAGACAUCCUUUAAAUAUGCAAUAUUUAAAGGAUAUUUCCAAGGUGAAGCAGACAUAAUGACUAUAAUUGAUAAGAUUGCAAGUUCUAAACAGAUUAAACAGGUGUUAUUAAAGCAAAUAUCAAGAAAUAUGGAAUAUGCUAUCAAAGAGUUAAGCUACUUAGAGUAUGAUAAUCCAGAAAUUGCUGUCACGAUGAAAACAAAGGAGGAGACUAAUGUUAUGCUCAACACGGCUAGAGAAAUUACCAAGGUGUUCAAGUCAAAAGGAGCUAUUCAUAAGAUGGAAAGUUUCGAAAUUAACAAGUUAAUUAUGGCCAGAAAAAGAGAGGUGCUUGAUUUUCAAUCUCUCAUGAAGCCUCUUACUGCUGAAGAAACACUGCAUCACAUUCCAUGGCUGGAUAAAGACAGAGAUCGUAUAAGCACCAUUCAGAAAAGAGUCAAAAUUAUAGCAUAUGAUUGUGGAAAUGAAAUAUUUGAGGAAGGUGAUGAGGCCAGAGGAAUCUAUAUAAUUAUUUCAGGCAUGGUAGAGCUUGAAAGUUCAAAGCCAGUUUUGGGGAUUGACCCAUUAUUCUCCAUAUCAGAGGAAAAAGAUCAUCAAAUAAUCUACAUAGACUAUGUGCUCAGCGGGGAAAUAAUAGGAGAGUUAAACUGCUUACUCGACGAACCCAUGCAGUAUUCUGCCAUCUGCAAAACUGUAGCAGAGGCAUGUUUUAUUCCUAAAGAUCACUUGUAUUAUGCUUUUGAGCAAUUCUAUCCUGUCAUUGAACAAAAAAUGUGGCUAAAACUUGGACUUGCUAUUUCUGCCAACAAAAUCAGAGAACAUUUGUCUUAUGAGGAUUGGAACUACAAAAUGCAAAUGAAGCUCUCCAAUCUUUAUAUAAAAGAUAUACCACUGAACACCAAAACUAACAUCUAUAAUGAGAACGUAAUGUAUGUUAUCCUCAUACAUGGGGCUGCGGAAGACUGUCAUUUACAAAGAACUUAUAAAGCACCUUGUUUAAUUCCUAAAACGUGCCAUCAGAUACAAGGCACGAAGGACUUCACAAAAGCAAUGAUUAUUAAAACUGCAGCUAACAUGAAAAAGUACAGGUGGAACAUUAGAAAGUAUGCACCUACACGUAAAAUUUCUGCUGCGCCGGGAGCCUUAGACAACACAUUUGAAGAACGCCUUUCAGAAGACGUGAGUAUGAAGGAGAUUGAUGAGCCUGAAGACUUUAUGAGCUAUUUCUCCAAUGAUAUUGUCUAAGGGGUCCUCUAAAAUAGAACAAAAUGAAAGUCCGGUAAGCUGCCUCGGUUUCUUCUACACCAUGAAGAGCACACCCAUCGCUAGAGAAACAAACUGAAGCCAAGCAAUUCAUUUGCCCUCCUGCAAUAACAUUUUUCCAGUAGUCAGCUGACUGUUCUAGCAACAGUGUUUUUAAAUUCUAAUU